AUGUUCCUCAGGUUUUCUCUCCGCUCCGUUUUCUAUGGAGCUGGAGGAGGAAAUGACAUUCAGUGGUGUUUUUCUCAGGUGAAAGGCGCUGUAGAUGAUGAUGUAGCAGAAGCGGAUAUAAUUUCUACAGUAGAGUUUAACCAUUCUGGAGAGCUGUUAGCAACAGGAGACAAAGGAGGUAGAGUUGUCAUCUUUCAACAGGAGCAGGAGAACAAAACCCAGUCUCACAGUAGAGGAGAAUACAAUGUUUACAGUACCUUUCAAAGCCAUGAACCAGAGUUCGACUACUUGAAAAGUUUAGAAAUUGAAGAGAAGAUCAACAAAAUUAGGUGGUUACCCCAGAAAAAUGCUGCUCAGUUUUUAUUGUCUACAAAUGAUAAAACAAUAAAGUUAUGGAAAAUCAGUGAAAGGGACAAAAGACCAGAAGGUUAUAAUUUAAAGGAAGAAGAUGGACGGUAUAGGGAUCCUACUACAGUUACAACACUACGGGUGCCAGUAUUCAGGCCCAUGGACCUCAUGGUUGAAGCUAGUCCACGAAGAAUAUUUGCCAAUGCUCACACGUAUCACAUCAAUUCCAUCUCCAUUAAUAGCGAUUAUGAAACGUACUUAUCCGCAGAUGACUUGCGGAUUAACCUGUGGCACCUAGAAAUUACAGACAGAAGUUUUAAUAUUGUAGAUAUUAAGCCUGCCAACAUGGAGGAGCUCACAGAGGUGAUAACGGCUGCAGAGUUCCACCCAAACAGCUGUAAUACCUUUGUAUACAGCAGCAGUAAAGGAACGAUUCGUCUCUGUGAUAUGAGAGCAUCAGCACUCUGUGACAGACACUCAAAAUUGUUUGAAGAACCAGAAGAUCCUAGCAACAGAUCAUUUUUCUCUGAAAUCAUCUCUUCCAUAUCUGAUGUCAAAUUUAGCCAUAGUGGUCGAUAUAUGAUGACUAGAGAUUACCUGUCAGUGAAGAUCUGGGAUUUAAAUAUGGAAAAUAGACCUGUGGAAACAUACCAGGUGCAUGAAUACCUCAGAAGUAAACUUUGUUCACUGUAUGAGAAUGAUUGCAUUUUUGACAAGUUUGAGUGCUGCUGGAACGGAUCAGACAGCAUUGUCAUGACAGGAUCUUACAACAACUUCUUCAGAAUGUUCGACAGAAACACAAAGCGAGACAUCACCUUAGAGGCAUCCCGGGAAAACAAUAAGCCCCGUACCGUUUUGAAGCCACGUAAAGUAUGCGCGAGCGGUAAGCGAAAGAAGGAUGAGAUCAGUGUCGACAGCUUAGACUUCAACAAGAAGAUUCUACACACAGCCUGGCAUCCUAAGGAAAACAUCAUUGCCGUAGCUACUACAAACAACUUGUAUAUAUUUCAAGACAAAAUGAAUUAGGGUUGGCAUUCCUAACUGAAGAGUCCACUUCCUGCAUAGUUGAAAUAGUUGAAUCUAGCAUUUGUACCUGUAAACGAAAGAGAGUGAGAGGUCCAUUAUGGCACCCCUUUCCAGUGUUUAAAAAUGUGCCAUAUGACAACACACUUUUAUAGCUACAUGGAGAAAGCUCUGUUGAUCUGUCACUGCGUUCUUCUCCAUGUCUGCUAGCCAUUUAGGUGAGGAUAGGGCACUUUUUAAUUUAAAUGACUACUUGCACCAUCUUGCCUAAUGGACUAGAUUGGACUGUAUCAACAUCGGUUUACUCCACUUUUUAUGCCUUCCAUUGUGAUGACGUCAAACACAGGGAAAGCCUUCAAUCAUGCUAUGGGAUUUAAUUGUGUAACCUCAUUACUGUAUCAUUCGUGGCCCCCUUUUUUUAUUAAAUACAGCUCAUUCUUGCUGUGGCUUGUAGCAUUCCUCCUCUUCUGGCCUCCUGGACUCCCCCUUUCCUUUUCAUCCCCCUCCACCUAGCCUUGGUGGUGGUGUAUAGAAAAACACAAAAUAAAGCACAUGAAAUGGGUCCGUUUGGGGUCAGUGGUAAAGGGGGUCUGUGUUGCAACAAAUGUUUUAAUAAACAGUUGACUGUAAUCACUCCUUGCCAUGUCUGGCACCAAAAGAGAGAAAAUAAGGAAAACAAACAAACAAACUACUGAAUAAAAGUGACAAAGAAUGGA